ACUCCAAAUUUUACUGCAAGACAUAAACAAGAAAUAAAUAAAUCAUUUUGUUUUUAAAAAGUGAAAAUAAGUUUUGAUGCUUUGUUGUUCUUUACGAGUUUCUUAAUCCAUUUUUUAGUCAAAAUACAAGAGACAAAACAUGACUGGUAAUGAUGUUGUAUUUUACUCCUAUAUAUCUGGUCUUAGUUUUGUAAUUUUUCUUGGAUUAUUUUUAUUUUGUCCUUGGAUUUCAAAAAUAUUUUCAUCCAAAUAUAUGCACCUUGCUGCUAAAGAUCAAGUAAAUUGGGACACAAGAAUUGGAUCAAAUAUUCAUGCUGUUGUCGCCACUGCAAUAUCGUUAUAUGCAUUUUUCUUUGAUCAGUCAACAUUGUUGGAUCAUUUUUGUACUGAUUCUGUUAUUGUGAGAAGUGGAAUCUCAAUUACCUUUGGUUAUAUAUUGGCAGAUUUCCUGGUAAUUGUCUGGUACUAUCGUUAUUUUCAAGAUAAAUUCAUGGUUAUUCAUCACAUAAUGGCGCUGUUAGCUUAUAUUUUUGUAAUAGUCGAUGGCUACAUUCUUUUCUUUGCCAAUAUUCGACAAAUCGCAGAGUUAUCAACGCCUUUUGUUAAUCAAAGGUGGUUUUAUGACAUAACUGGUCAGCCUCGUAGUUCAAAAGCGUUCAUCAGAAAUGGUUUGCUUAUGAUACUAGCUUUUUUUCUUGGUCGUAUUAUCUUCAUUCCUUAUUUUUACUACAAGACAUUUAGCGUCUGGUUUUAUCCCCAGAGACUUGCUCUAGGACCUUUGUUAUCACUCAUAUGGAUUCUUACUGCGGGAAUUUUAGAUAUCAUUAAUGUGUAUUGGUUUUCAAAAAUGCUAAAAGGCGGAGCUAAACUGUUAAUGAAAUCAGGUGGAGAAAAGAAAUCGGAGUAAACGCAGUGAAAUAUCGGCCGUGAUAGUAGGUCUAAAUGACAUGUGUUUUUAAUCAAUGCAUUGAUCUCAUAUGGUGGUGCGCAUCCAGACCUGAAAAUACCUUCCAAUCGUGCGGAAAAUCCUUAAAGCAAAGCACUGUAUACAACACACUUCAUUUAUCGGCGCGGCACAGAUAAAAUGGGUACCCGUACCAAAAUCAUCAGCCUUUUGUUAGCUUCAACACUAAUGAAAUUGGUUACCAAUUUCAACUGUGCUGUGCCAAUAAAUUUAGUGUAGCGUAAAUACGGCUCAAAAUCAAACGUGUUGAUCAAACGGCUAAAUCUUGUUCAUUAUUUUAAGAGCAAUAUGUGAUUCUUUUAUAAUAAGGCUGCAAGUACAUAAAUUAUGAUAUUGAUGUUGUCAUUUUUUUGUCAUUUCACAAAAUUACGUCAGGUCAAGCUUACUAUCCUCGGGUUCCAAAG